AACACGACAGCUCGCAGGACCCACGGACGAGUCACGACAAUUCACUGGACUGGGAGCUGGGAGCUGGGAAUUGGGGUGAACAAUACCUUAAUUCGAUAUCCGGGAAGAAGUGGAUCAUCACUACCACCAUCAUCAAUAUCAUUAUCAAUAUCAUCAUCAUUAUCAUCAUCAUGUCGGCACCUGGGAAUACCACGACGACCACGACCACGACCACGACGGCCACCACUACCACUCCUACCACUCCAACGGGAGACCCAAAGCAGCAUGUCAAGUCGCACAGUGGACGCCGUCAAAGCAGGAACAAGAAACAACCGGAUCCAUUUCUGGACUUGCCAGACGACGUGCUCAAGCAAGCAGCAGCAGGAGCAGCAUCAACGCCAUCUCCGAAAAGCGACAAUCAACCACCACACUCGCUUUUAGUACAUCUCUUCUUCACCCCAAUCAGCGUCAUCAGCUUCAUCCUCUCCCUCUUCCUCAUCGAGCGCCAACAACGACAAUGGCGCUACCAACAACAACUCCAAGUCCAACAACAACAACAACAACAAAACCCCACAACCGCCCAAUCCCAAUCCGGCAGAUGGCUCCUCUCCGGUCCAGAACCCUAUCAAGAAUCUCCCGAAACAACCUGGCAUCCACGCCUCUCCUGGAGAAGGCGCGGAAUCGCCAAGAUGCAAAUCUCAGAUGUCUUGGAGAUGAAAGGGAGGGUUGCUGUGGCGAUUGCAGUGUGGAUGGCUGUUGCGGUGGGGGUUUGCGCGUAUGGGAUUCGAUGGUUGUGGGGUUGGAUGAUUUGAUGGGUUUGUACCACUUGUUUGAAAUGAAUAGAUGAAUGAGUGAGAUGAGGAUGGGUGUAUGGGACAUGAAUUCCCUUUCCUUUUUUUUUCUUUUUUUUUGACAGUUUAUCAGCGAUUUCCAUUUCCUUCUUCUAAAUAAAGCUCAUUCAGCCAGAUAGACAGAGAACCAAAAAGGAGUAUGGAUUGGGGAGGGGGGUGAUUUUUUUUGGGGCGAAUCGACGACUUUUGAUUAUGA